AAAAUAAUUAUAACAAAUUUUUAAAAUAAUAUUUGUUCUAUUUUAAAUGUUUAAUGAUUUAAACUGGAUUACUAGUCAACUUCCUGAUCUUUCAGAUAAAGUUGCUAUUGUUACAGGCGCAAAUUCAGGAAUAGGUUUUGUAACAGCCCGUGAGCUUUUAAGAAAGAAUGCUAAGGUUUAUAUUGCCUCACGGUCUAAAAAGCGUACAGAAGAAGCUAUUAAAAAUAUCAAAGAAACUUUAACGAAUCCAAACGUUUUUUGGCUUGAAUACGAUGCAUGUGAUUUUAAGAGUGUUAGCAAUGCAGUUUCUGCAUUUAAAAAUAAAGAAUUGAAACUUCAUAUUUUGGUUAACAAUGCGGGGGUUAUGGCACCCCCAUAUUCAGAAACGAAAGAUGGAUUUGAGGUUCAGUUUCAAACAAAUUAUCUUUCUCACUACCUUUUUACUCGUCUAUUACUGCCUAUUAUGAAGAAAACAAUGGAAAAUGAAAAAGAAGGAGCUGUUCGUAUUAUUAAUGUAAGCAGUCGAGCACACUCUAUGUUUUUUAAAAAUAUAACUUAUAACGAUUUGAAUAUUAAACCAUUUUGGUAUUGUCCUGAGUUAAUACUUAGAUGGCAGCGUUAUGCUCAGAGUAAGCUAGCCCUUAUUCUUUUUACAAAAUCUAUAUAUCAAAAAUAUUCAAAAGAUGGAAUUUAUGUAAUAUCUCUUCAUCCUGGUGUAAUAAGGACGGGGUUGUUUAAAUAUACCAAUUUUUUAAAGUCCUUUUUAAUUUUUUCGAGGCUAUUUAUAAAUCAAGAAGAAGGAGCUAUAACUCAGAUUUUUGCAGCAGCUUCUAAUGAUAUUGUUGAAAAAAAACUUAAUGGAGAAUAUUUAGUUCCGUAUUGUAAAAGGGCUAUACCAUAUGGCGAUUUUAGUGUAGAAGCAUCUGAAAAACUUUGGGAAUUUUCUGAGAAAGAAUUAAAAGAUAGAGGCUAUUUAUAAUGAUUUAUAAAAAUUAGAUUUUCAUUUAAGUAAAGUAUAUAUUUUA